AAAUCUUUCUUUAUUUCCCUGGCCUGGAUAAGUUUACUUUGUUCUUAAUCUAUUUGUUAGGUAAGAUAUUGGUUGGAUCUAUCAAUUAAUCGCAUUAGCGCACAUACGGUUUAUUGACGAUGGGGAUUUCUGUCAAAGUUACAGAUAUCGAUCCAAUUUUCUGUUUACUCCGGUUAUCGGGCGGUAACUACACCUUCAGAUAUAAUUGAAAGAACUUCAUGGCUUAGCCAUCGUUACUAAGACAGAGUAAAUCAUUUCGUGGAUAGGAGUGAUUGUUUUCUCAUUAUCAAGAUUUUCGGAAUUUGGUUCAAGGGAGAGAGAUUUUUCUUCACACAAAUAUUUGAGAUCAAAAUAUUUUGGUAUUUCACGUUACCAGUAGGAACAUAAAAAAAAAAAACAAAAGAGAGGAUCAUUGUUCAAAUCAACGUAGAAGGUUAUUGGCAAUGGCUCCUGGAAGCCCAGAAGUUGGUAAAAGGCUUAGGAAGCCUAUGGAUAAUGAAUCUGAUUCAGAUUCAGGCAGUGAACGCAACACUAUUAAAUUUGAGACACUUAGAGAUGAAGGGGAUCAUUUUUUACAUGUGUCACUCUUUCAAAAAGCUAUCGAGAGCUAUACCAAGGCAUUAGGAUUGAGCCCUAAAGAUACUGACACACUGGUGUCCAGGUCAAAGUGUCACCUGCAGCUAGGAAAUGCAAAGGAAGCAUUACGAGAUGCAGAGGCAGCACUCAGUGAAGACAAGGACUUCCAUAAGGGUUUGUUUCAAAAAGCGGAGGCCCUUUACCUCAUUGGGGACUUUGAGACAGCACUUGUUUUUUACCACCGUGGAAAUAAACUUCGUCCAGAAAAGCAAGAAUUCCGUCUAGGAAUCCAGAAAUCACAGGAGGCAAUUAAUAACAGUAUUGGCUCUCCUGAGUCUGUCAAACUAGAGAACAAGGGAGACCUGUCCUUUUUCUUCCAGAAGGAUGAGGAGGAAGAAGAGAGGAACAAACCUAAGGGUAGACCUCAGAGACCUGAGGAGGCUGAAAGAAGGAAACAGGAAGCCAAACAGAGGCAAAGAGCCAGGUCCCAGAAAGAUGCUAAGACUGUUAAACAGCUGUUAGGAGAAUUAUAUGCUGAUAAAGAAUUCCUGGAAAGAUUGUUAGUGGAUGAGGCCUUCACUAGACAGACCAAGACCAACAUGACCAUACGUCAACUAGCCGAAGAUGGUCUGGACUACCUGGACACCCGGACAGACUUCUGGCUACAGCAAAAACCCAUCUAUGCCAGGAAGAGGGACAAACUGCUGAGAGAUGGGAAAGUAGGAAAAGGAAAGCAAUCAAAUCCGACUAAAUAUAUUUUGAAUAACUUAGAGAAGAUAGAUGAAGCUCAAAAUAAAGGAAAACAUGAGGAGAGUUUGAAACUUUCCAAGAAACUGCUAAAGUCACUUGACCACAUGUCUGACAGUGAUGUCAAGAAUAAACCAGAUAUCCUGGCCAAUAUCCACAGCUGUACUGGCAAUGCAUAUCUAGAGCUGAACCAGUAUCCACAGGCCCUUGAACAUCACCAGAAAGACUACGAUCUGGCAGAAGAACAUGAACUGCCUGAAGCAAAGUCCCGUGCUAUGGAUAACUUAGGUCGUGUGUAUGCCAGGAUGGGAGAGUUCCAGAAGGCUAUCGAUAUCUGGGAACAGAAGCUUCCACUGAGCAGCAGUCCUUUAGAGAGCACCUGGCUGAACCAUGAAGUGGGGAGGUGCCUCCUGGAGCUGGGGAAGAACAAGGAGGCUAAGGACUAUGGAGAGAAGUCCCUUGCUGAUGCCAAGGAAUGUGAUGAUGGAAUAUGGCAGCUUAAUGCCAGUGUCCUCAUAGCUCAAUCAGAAGCAAAACUUGGUGAUUACCAGGCAGCUUUAAAUGCCUUUGAGCGUUCACACGAUUUGGCGCGACAACAGGGAGACCGUGCAGCAGAGGUGGCAAUUGAAAAAGCUAUAGAGGAGAUCAAUGAGAAGGUUCUAAAAGCUGUUGAUUCCUCAGACAGAGGCAGUGUCAGAAGUGCUAGUGCAGAGAGAAAAAGUGUCAAAGAUGGUCAUAGUUCAGAUGAAGAUGAUAGCAAAAGUCAGAAAAGUGCAAAAAGUGAAACUAAAUCUAAAACUAGUGAAAAAGGUGACACUAGCCCAAGGUCAGAGAAGGGCCAGAAGGAGAAGGAGGAGGAGGAUAAUCAAAGUGAACAAGGUGAGAAAGAACCAGAUAAAGCAGAGGAUAAACCUGAACCUACAGCUGAUGCAGAGGCAGAUAAUCAAACAGAUAAGCCAGCCACAGAGGAGUCUUCCUUAGAGCCCCAGACUAAAGUCACAGAACAGACUAAGGAAGAGUAGCCCUAAAAACCAUCUCAGCCAUUGAGACUGUGAAACUCAAGUACAGAACGAUGUUUAUGGAGUAAACAACUCAUCUGAGAGGCAGCUAACACUGUGCAGUAUAUCUAUAUCUGAUUUAGUAAAAUUUGCCUCAUGCUCACAACUGCAUUGCUGUAUACUGUUGUAAUGAUUGUCAUAGUAUUGUAGACUUUGAUUGGUAUGUUGAAUUUUCAAAAUACCAGUUUUUACCAGGAAAACCUUUUUCUCAAAGAUAUACAAAUAAGUUUAAUUGGCACAAUGAUGCAGGUUUAUAAUCUGAAGUAUGUAUACAAAAGCAACUAUUUUUUUUUUUUUUUUUUUUUU